UAAUUGUACGUUCCCCUGCAAACAAGGGAGUCAACAAUGGAGACAUUGGCUCCAGUAUUCAGGCCUUCAAAAUUUUCAGAUGCCAAACCAAUAUUCAAUCUUCAGGCCUUUCCCUUAAACAAACAAUCCUAUCAUUUUCUUCUUAAGAAACAAAACAAGCAAUUAAGGAAGCCGCCAAUCAAAGCCUCCGCCAACGAAGAAAUUACAGCACUUACUACUUCGGACCCCGAUAUCACUUGGCAAAUUGUUGUUGGCUCUUUGGCCGGUGUGACACCUUUCGUGGUUGCGGGAAUCGAGUUCAGCAAGAGAAUUGUGAAACAAAGGAAAUGUGAAGUUUGUGGGGGCUCAGGACUUGUUCUCAAGAACAACAAGUUUUAUAAGCGAUGUCCUGAUUGUGGCGGAUUUCUACCCUGGCAGUCUUGGAGAAGAUUCUUCACCGGUUAAAUCUUUGAGGAAGCUUCAUGCCAAGUUUGAUACUAUACUAUUACUAGGAUAAAAUAUUCUCAACAUGGAUCUUCAUGUACAUCAAGCAUUUUUUGACUUUGGAAACUCUCUCCAGUAUACUGUUUGUAUUCGCUUACUUAUACAGUCAAUUACCAAGUUGCCUUAGAA